AUAGACGGUUUAAAGACGAUGGUAGAGGAUAAUUUGAAAUCUGAUGGCGAAAAAGCUCAAGUCAGAUGGGCGAUACCCCAGCGUGUACAUUUCAUGACGUUUAUUGGUCGAGAUGUGUUGGCGGUAGCUCACGAUGUCUUCAUCAUAUUUUUCAACUUAAAAUAUAACACAGAACACGUGUAUGAAGCCAACUGUUUUGAAAAAGGAGAUGGGGUUGAUGUCAUUGCCGGCUAUAAAACAAACACGUUUGCGUUUGCUGAGAAAUGUACGCCAACCCCACGUAUCCUAGUCAUGACGUAUCCAGCAUUGAAAAUUGUUGCCGAACUGAAGGACCACGAAGUAAAUCGCUACAAGGCUCUUGCUAUGAUGGAAAACGAGCUGCUAGCGGGCGUCAGUGGAUUCCCGCAGUACGCGCUGUCGGUGUGGAGCUGGCGGAGCCGGCAGCGGCUGCUGUCUAUCCCCACGGCCGUGGUGCGGCGGAGGCAAAGCAUUGUGCCAAGUCGCACUCACCUCAUGAUAGGCCAGUGUUGGGAGGGCGGGAUCAACGUGUGGGAAGUGACUCAGUGCCACAAGGUCGCCUUGGUGAUGAAGCGGCCCCUGGAUGAGGCUACGGGGUGGGAGGUCUCUGACCCUCCCCUCAGGGCCAUCUGCUGGAGCAGCGACGGUCAACUCUAUGCUAUUGACGAGAAUGCUCAUUUAUACAGCUUGACUUUCGAUGGGGUUGGUUUGGUGAAACAGUUGGAAUGGUCGGAAAAUAUAGAAGGGAAAAACCGAACCUGUAUGUGUACGUACAACACCGGAAUGUUAAUUUAUGGGCCAGACAACUGUGUUAGAGUACUUAAAAAGUCAGAUACGAAAUGGACAGUGAGCUGGUUUUAUAGACCAAGAGAUGUCGUGAUUAAACUAGUUUCAAAUUUUGCGACUGAUUUAGCUAUCAUGUGGACUGAAAAGGGAUUUGUUUACAAGAUAACGACGGAAUUGGAAGAUAACAUUGAAGCCAAAUUAAUAUCAUUUAAACAGAGAAACAUUAAAAAGAUCCAACUCCUUGCUCCGAGCUAUGCACAUAUUGUGACACUGGAUGAUGGCGGCACGCUCUGUAGUUACGAGGUGAUGACUGGAAAAUUGGAAACAAUAAAAUAUCUAAGCGGAGAGGACAUAACUUUACAAGCGAGUCCGACAGACCCAUUGCUAGUAGUGGUCGGCGCGGUUGAACCAAACUAUGGCCUGGCCUUACUCAAAUGGGAACACAACGACCUGCAAAAGAUUGGCGAAGCUUGUCUCACGUAUCAAAUUAUAUCCAAAGCAACGUUUUCCCCUGAUGGCAGGACUUUAGUAGUCGCUGCUAUGUCCGCUGGCGAUGUAUUUAUUUAUAACGUAAGUGAAGAUUUUAAGUUGAGUUUAAUGACGUACACGGAACUUGGACGCAGUCUUGUCGACUGUGUUCUAAUGCAAGUCGGUGAGCUUGUGAGGCUAUUUUGCGUGGUACUCUCCUCGGACCAACAUGCAAUUGGUGAACGUAUAAUAUGCAUAAACGCGAAAACUGGUGAAAAAAACAAAUUAGAGGGUAAGCUGGCAGGUCCCUACUCACAACUAGUGUCUGCAGGACCCGGCAAGAUCCUAGCCGUGCCACACCGCUCGACACAAAUGCAUCUACUAGAAUUCAUUGCAUUGAACGACAUAGUACAUUUGAAGAUGCAUCCAGCUAUAAACACGGGUCACGAACUUAAACAGUACAAUAUCGUAUAUAAUGACGAAAGUGUGUUGACUUAUGGAUACGACGGCACCGCUAUAUUCCAACAUCUUCAUCAUACUGAAGAAAAUGAGGAUUUAAUGAAACUAGUAGUCACUCAUCGCUAUGAAGGAGGCAUCAAAGAAGCUUGUAUUGACAACAAGAAAUCAGUGCUGGUACAUUUAGCAAAUCAUGGGACGAGCUCAGUGCAUCUUUUGCAAAGUGAAGAUUCGAAUAACGAAGUAACUUUUGAACCGCCAGAUCCACUAAUGUUUGAAGAAUAUUACUAUGAUAGUAACAAUGUUAUAACUAUUUUCGAUAAAGAUGCAAAGAACUAUUUGGAUGAGGAAGAAGAGAAAAAAAUAAAAGAGGAAGAGAUAGCAUCGAAACAGCAACGCGACGAAAUAAUUUUAUCAUUAGAGAGCGUUAAGAUACAACUUGUAGAUUUACUCGAAAAUAACCUGCAGUCGAACGAGCCAGAAUAUCCGCAGUUACCUCUCAGUGAAUUCUUGUUACAUUCGGAAUAUAAAAGGGAUAGGCAAAAGCAGGCGGAAAAAGAGCGAGAACAAAUACAAAUAGAAACAGACGCCCGCAUUCAAGCAUUGAACAAAGUAUCUGAUUGGAUCAAGAAGCAUUGCUGGGACGUGGUUUUGACGCCAUGUACCAAACUCUUUGCAAUUUUCAGUCAUUAUCAAGUAGAAAAUUUCGCAGUUUUACCAACUCAACGCAACAAUUGGCCAGAAUUGCAGCAAAUCGAAGCUCUUAGAACAAUUGAAAUGGAAAACGACAGUGAUGUUUUUCGACCUGAAGAAGAACAAAUGGAAACCAUUAGUGUAGACGAUAAGGCUUUAGCCUUAGUUUCUCAAACAACUGAAGUCGAAGGCUGGAAAAGCUUACAAUCACAAACGCCCAUACUUUCGGAGACGGAAAUUUCAGAUGAGAGUAAUCCGUAUGUGUUGGCUGGAUCAACUGCACACGAUUUGAUUGAAAUACCAAAAAUAAUGAUACCGCAGACAAUGAGCUACAGUUUCCUGCAUAUGAAUUGGAUGCAACACAUAGUGAAGUUAAAUGUUCAAAACCUUCGAUUAUGGUUCAAUAAGGAAUUCGACGAUUUGAUGAAUCAGAAGAAACGUGAAAUGUCUCAUGUCCAAAAUAUUAACUCAAGACUUCGGUUCAUCGUUCAAGAACUAAAUACGCUAUCUGAUCUAAGAGGCAGUUACCAUCAUCUCACUAUUGGAAUACAAGACCCGGAAUGGGAUCAAGAAGAACAACCGGAAAAGCUUAUAAAAGUUGAAGCAGAAGAGGUCACCGUACCACCAUACAUAAGCCCCAGUCAGAUAGUAAUACCGCCGCCCGAACCACAACCCAAAGACGAUUUUCGUGAACGAGCUUUGAUGGAGAUGAUGGAUGGAGUGCUGGAGAAACUAUGGCAUGAGGAGAUAAAGAAACCGAUACAACUACCGCAGUGUAUAAUUGAAAAAGAUCCGGAACAUUUUAACGAAGAUGACUUGCGAGAAGUAUUCGACUAUGAAGCUAAAGUGGCAGGUAGAAACGAAGAGAGAGACAAGUACAGGAAGAUGCUUCACGCUGAGUAUGCUAAACUCUCACAAACGUUGAAUGAAGGAAUCGUAAAGUUUAACCAAAAGGUCAAAGAUAUGUGGCUAACAAAGCUAAAGGUAGAUUCUAUAAUAGGACAAGAGAACUUGAAUCUUAUGCGCUUGAGGAGAAUUAAUCUCGACAGAGUUGAAAGUGCAGAGAAAAUUGAAGAUCUAAGGCUCGAAAUAAGCAAGUACGAAGCAGAGGGAGAGAUGCUUCAACAGGAGCUUAUAACAAUACAAUCAAACACCGAGCAAUGCCAAGCAAUCUACGAGGGACUGAUCCAAAAGGAGAAACAGCAGGAAAAGACCUUCAAGAACCAUUUUGUGGAUGUCUCGCCCGUUGUCGCCGAUCAGUGCUAUAAGUUCUACAAGAGGCGUCCUAAAUGGCAAGCCCGUGGCAAUCUGACUCCAGCGGCACUGCAAGAGAUGGCAACGGCAGUAGUAACAGGCGUGCGGCCACCCCUCAUGCAUCCCGACUGUCUAGAAUUUCUCAAAAGCGUUGACCAGUUGGAUCACAUUAGCAACAUGCCGCCAGUUAUGGACGAGACCGUGUGGUCGACGAUGUGUAGGCUGCGACGUGCCAAGAUUGAAAAUGAAAUACGCUUACGUGCUAUGAGCGCGGAAGUAUCGUGUGCGGAGAGCGCGGCGAAUGUGUGGCGCGCGGGCGUGGCGGCGCGGCGCUCGCGAGCGGCCCGCGCGCGCGCUCGCGUACUCGAACUGCGCCAGGCAACGGAGCAUGAUGCGCGCAACCGAACGCUGCAGUUGGUCAUGCGAGCGGGCCAGGUGGAAAUAGUUUCGACUGGACAUAUCGAAGACUUCGAAGAUGCUAUUCUUCUUCCUCGAGACGAAAUCGAGGAAAUCAACAACGUCAUACUACAAGUGGGCGAGCUGAAGUUGAAGUUGAUGCGGCAACAAGUGGAGUUCCGCAAGGGGAUCCUGGCGAAGGAGUGGGAGCACGCGCAGAUGAAGAUGAAGCUGCGACACAUGGAGCAGGAGCUCGCCUCCUAUAGACGGCUCAAGCUCCCCAAAGAACUACAGUGGUAUCUAAAGAAUAAGAUGCUCGGGCGUACCGAUGAACAAGAGUACAUUCGAAUGGAGAAAGAAAUAGAGGCGUCAAAAGUGUCCGUCAACAGAGAACUUACUGAAGAGAUAAAGAAAGUUGAGGAGGUUGAGCUUAAAAAGAGUCAAGUGGAAGCGCACUUGAAGCACUUGGAGACGCUGAUCGGCAACCUCAACGCUAAAGUGUCUGAGAAGAAGUUGAACGAGGACCCACUGAUGCCCAUCAAAAUACGAAAUGUUUAUAAGGAACGGAUGGAAACUUUGAUCAUGCGCAGUAAGCUCAUAAGAGAAGUGCAAGCGAACCACACGAGAAUAGUUCUACUGCAGACUGAGUUGGAACUACUGAGGCUGAAAACGUACCCCACCCUCGCCACGUUUAGAACACUAGAGUAACUUUAAACUUUAACGCGUAGUUUCCUAGUUAAUUUCA